ACCGCUACGGGCCGGCCCCGGUUGACACGCGGUCUUUGCGUCGAGCCGCUCGCGGUCCCUAUAAAAGCGGCCACCGACGUCCGGUCAAUCACCACAUCGCCUCGAGGCAAGCUCCGAGUCCAGAUCUUAGCAACGACGAGACAACAGGACGCCAUGGUUUCUGUCAGCAGCAAGUCUUUCCUCAUCUCCCUCGCCGUCCUGCUCGCCCUGUGCAGCUUGGUAGCCGCCCAGUACGGCUACGGCGGUUUCGGUCGCGGCUACGGAGGCUACGGUGGCUUCGGCCGCGGCUUUGGAGGCGGAUACGGUGGAUUCGGACGCGGCUUCGGAGGAGGCUACGGAGGAUUUGGACGCGGGUUCGGCGGCUACGGACGCGGCUUCUAUGGUUGAGCUACACGUUGUUCCUAUACGACAUACCCCGCCGACGCAAAACUUCAUUACCACACUGUUUCCAAAAGGCUUCGAUCAGCACAAUGGCUGCUAUGACAUAUCAUCCGGCAUAAAAUCAAAGAGUACAUAAUGAAGGUUCCAGUCUGUAAUACGGGUUUGCAAAUAAACAUUGUCGUUUGACCACC